AUGGAGACACAGACAUGGAAUCGGCUUCAGGGCCUUUAUUCAUUUGCGAACACCUCACCCACUGCGCUUGACGGUGAAACCUCGUGUUUUGAGCUUGAGAUUGUGGGGCAACCGGUGCAAUGCGAGUCGUCCGUCUUGAUUCGAGUGCAUAUUCUGCAACAUUUGCAAACCACUUUGAGGGAUGGAAGUGUGGUUCCCAUUGCUCUGGAGCAUCCGAAUCGAAAGGCGGUAUUGCGCAUGACUUCAGCACAGUGGGCUUCUAUGGGGGUUUUCUGUCGGUACAUACGUGCAUUGUGGACGCAGGUCCGAGUCAACGACACUGUUGUCGUCCUAGACAGUGUUCGGAGUCCUGCUUUCCUGGCGGGAGAUGUCCGGUACCGAAAUGACGAUGUUAUUCAUGCCGCGGAAAUAUUCUGCGGGGGUUUCGCAGGCUGGACGGAGGCCGCUUGGGUCUUGAAAGAUGCGGGGUGCCCACUCCAGGUGGAUUGGCUGCUGGACAUACAAGAGGACCUUAGAGAGUCGCUGGAGGUUCUGCUCCCUGAUUUGUUGGUUGCCAACACUUCGUUGGAAUUGGAAGAGCACAUGCAAACAGAUAAUCCCGUCUUUGUUGCAGCGAACUUUGAGCACCCUUGGUGGAAUACUGCUUGGGCGCUUAAACCAGUUGACGUGGUAGUUUGCUCCCCUCCCUGCCAACCGUGGAGCUCGGCAGGGCAACAGGCAGGAUUGAACUGCCCAGAUGGGCGCUUGCUGUUACAGAUGGCAGACCUUAUGGGCGUAGCUCGGGUUCCGGUUGUGUGUUUGGAAGAGGUUGCAGGGUUCUGUGAGCACAGUCAUUUUGCAGAGGUCAUGCAGGCCUGGAGGGCGGCAGGUUAUGAAUUUGUCUUCAAGGAAAGCCUUCAGUUGGCAGAUGUUCUGCCUACUUGGCGUAAACGGAGCAUGUUGAUCCUGGUCCAUGUGGACCUUGGCCCUGAGGCCCAAAAGCCGUUGCAGGUGAUAACGUGGACUAAGGUGUCGCGCCCAUCUUUGCACGGCAUGAUUGCCUACUUUCCUGUUCUGCCAGAUAAGCUGCUGCAGCCUUGCCGCAUUUCGGAGGAAGUGCUAAGCAAAUACCUUGACCCAUGGUACCUGCCACCCAGCUUGCCGCCCUCGCCUGAGAAUAUGAAGCGCUUCAGGUUGUGUAGUCCUGCCCAACAAUGCAAGACCUUCAUGGCGGCAUACCACUAUCAGCAUGAAUUGCCGGAGGGCACCCUUUCUAGGAAGGGUUUGCUCUGUAGCUUGCUUCGGGUUGGGGAGACCGUAAGGUUCUUUGCAGGCCCUGAAAUCGCAUCCUGCCAUGGUGCACAGCGUAAGCUUUUUCUUGAAAAAGAUGACAGGCAAUGCAUGCAGAAGCUGGGCAAUUCCCUUGCAGUGCCCCAGGCCGCUGUUACAUUGGCCCAUGCAACGAACCUCUUGAUUCCCAUGAAACGCGUUGACCCUGCACUGGCAGCUUCACUUAGUGUGAAUGGCCGGAUGACAUGCGCCAAUUGUGCUUUGUUCAGGGUUAAGACGGGGUGGCUGAUGGUUCGCCUAGAUGAGGUUGGGGCUAUGUUGGCACGCAAGCACCUACGACAGGAAAUUGAGCUGCAUCUGCGUAGCCGGGGCCAGGUCUUUCAUCAGGUCAAGGUUCAGACUGCCACUGGUGAAGCGCAGGAGUCAGCAUGUCUCCAGGUUUGGUUCUCAUCGCAUGUGUCGGUUGCUCAGGUUCUAGAGGUCCUUGGUACGCAGGCCGUUGCACCGCAGACUGUGGGUGAGGAUGCCUCCCCCUUGAAUGCGGAUUUGGUCACUGUGGAUCAACCGCCUUACUUGAGGCUUGCUGCUGACAUAGUAGGGGACCGUCCCCUGCGCGAGCCGCUCUGUCUGUGCACGCCAGCUGGCCUUUAUGUGGUGUUGCCGGGUACACCGGAUUUUUACCAUCAGCUGAAGUAUGUCUUUGAUGGCUGCCGCCAUCCUGCGGCCCCGUCGGUGAUGUGUCUGACUUGCUUCGGCACGCCAGUGCCUGACGUGAUGCUCUUUCCCCGGCUGGUCUGUAUUGCCACAGAGGCCCAGGAUAUCUACUUCGCGGGCCCCAUGCUUGGAAUGGGCCAGAUCAGAGAUUGUCACCUACGGAGAACGGUCGAGGGCUUUCUUUUGCAUGUACCGGCAGAGCAUGCUGUUGCUUGGUUCCUGCAGGCGCCGUGCCACCUACUUGAGUGCCUAGGCUGGACCAUGCUAACAACUGGUGAUGGUGUCCCAGCGGAUGCCCCGCUUCAAUUCCGCAUUCAGCCCAAUGUUGACUACCCUGGCGUGCCGGCCAACGAGGUGCCCGGCUAUCUCAGAGAUCUGUUGUUCCUUUCCCAGGUGCGAGCCCACGCUGCUGCGGCGGAGACUUCUUUAAUUGGCCCUUUCAUGCUUCAGGUUGGCGCUCGCACGCUGGGCCAGCUGUCCCUAGCGCCCCGAAUCAAUGCAGACAAACUUGAGCAUUUCUGGCGGGUUGCUAGUAAUGCCACUGGGUGCUGGCCGGGAGCACAGAUUUUUUCUGGUCCUAGACGGUUGCAUUUCACCACGGUUUUUGAGCAGCUUGGGGAAGCAGCUUUUCAUCGCAACCGUGCCACAGGCUUACUGGUCUUGACGGUGGUUCCCGAGGUUAGAGGCGGUGGCGUCAAAGAUGAAAAUGUUCAGCUCGCUAAAUCCCGAAUUGCGUCUCUGUUCUUGGAUCGUAGGAUGCCCCUCUCGGCGGCUUCCACUGCCACUGAUGCCUUGGUCCCGGCUUUAGGUGCCACUGCGUGUCUGCAGGCAAUGUCUUUGCCAAGCACCCAGGAGCGGUGGCAGCAACUGUCAAAAUCGGCCCAUGCCGUUGGCAAGGACUUGCCUCAAGGAGACAACCGCACGGAGCGGGCGGCCAAUCGUAUUCAGGCUGCAGUCCGCCGACGGCGCUUAGCCCGCACGCAGCACAUUCAGGCCUCAGAGUUUCUGCUUGAGGAAGGGACUUGGUGCGGAAUGGACGAGUCGCCGGUCCCCAUCUUGACGCAACUGCAGGCUGGCUGCACUGGUGCCAUCUUGAUUGAUCCCUCAGAGGCCAACGGCCAUGAUCUGGACCUACUUCGCAACAUGGGCUCGGAUGCGAUAGUGUGGUCGUACCCGGCCAUUGCUGUCCGGAUGAAGCCUCGUGUGCUGGCAAGGUCAGUGUGCCCGUCAGGCACGUGGCCACAGGACAUCGCCAUCUCCUUGCAGCAUGUUGCCGUGGAUGGUGCUGUCUGCUGUUCUUUCGCCAUGCAUUCUGAUGAUUGUCCUCAGGGCCUCCAGUGGAAUGAUGCGGUGCAAGCUCCGGUGCGCACAGUGGUGCAGCAGUUCCGUGCUAAGGGCCUUCAACAGGCGCUGUCCCACCCAUGGGGACGGGGUUAUCGAGCCAAGGGCCGCCCAAGCCUGCCCAGUCAUGCGGAUACUUUCCAGUUCUUUGCGAAGGUUGUGCAAGCGGAUUUGAAAGCGGUCCUCCAACACAGUGGGUUUAAUCAUGUGUUUGUCGUCCCUCGCACCUGGGACCGCAAGGUGUUGCCUGGAUGGUCGGUGGUUUGGUUACCUGGGACAAGGCAUGAGCUGGAAAAGCAGGCGGUUGUAGUCCCGGAACAACAUGGCCGGGUCCGUGGACGCAGCAAGCUUGGCCUCCGUGUUCCUGCUCCUGACUUCACUAAAGUCUUUGGGCAGUUGCGCCCUGGUGCUCCGGCGCCGGUUGCAGUAGAUGUCCGCCUCUUGUUUAAAGGAGGCCCAUUCCCGCAUGCUGCUAGUGCAGAUGACAUCAGCCAAUGGGCUAGGAAGCUGGGAUGGCAAGUGAAAGUCGUAAAAGCUCUGGGCCCACAGUUCUGGUUGCUCGGCUCCGCGGGUGAGCCUCCUGCUCCCACUGCGCAUUUCAAUGAUGUGCCGGUGCUCCUCUCUCCUGUGAAAAGCCGGGAUGCCAAAAUGCCGAUCGUGCAGGCGGGAGGGCCCAUUCCUUCCAUGCCACGCCGCCCUGUUGCGCAUGACAAUGGUGAAGAAGAUCCGUGGCUGCAUGGUGACCCUUGGAGUGCUUACAAGCCCAAACAGGCCCCUGCAGGCUUAUCGGUGACUCCCUUCACGCCUGUCAAGACUGCUGACCAGCAGCUCACUGCUAAGGUGCAUGAUCAGGAGUCCAAGCUGGCACAGCUUGAGCAGGACCUUCAGGCCCUUCGUGCUGAUCAGGCUGCGGCCUUGCAGAGUCAGGCGUCCGACAAGGCACAAUUGCGCCAUGAGCUCCAGACGGUUCGUGUCGAGGUCCAGGGACUGGGCCAAGGAUUGCAACAGCAAAUGCAGGCCAACCUUGAUAGUCUUCGAGCUGCUAGCGCGCAGCAGGAGCAGCAAGUUGCUGCUGGAAUGGCCGAGUUGAAGGCACUGCUUCUUGCGAGUACUGAGAACAAAAAGGCACGGACCAGUGCCGACCAUGAUCUCUGUGCUAGUGGGAUCUGUCACAAUCAGUGCCAUAAGAGCGUUGCCUUGGCGCCCACUGGCAUGCACCGCCUCUGUCGACUACAGUGUCCGGUGCCUUUCGAGUCUUUGCUUCCACUUCGGGGGUUGGCCUCACCUUCCCAGGAUGUUGCCGGUCUUCCGACUACUUGUCAGGGCUGUCUGGCUAGCCGAUGGCUCCUGCUUCUUGUUCCACUACUUCCUCCUCCAAUCUGGCGCCCCCGGCUUAACUGUGGCACGCGCAUUGGAGAAGCUUCCCAUCCUGGCCCUGGCCAGACCCUGUUAACGUCGUACUUUGGUGAUACCCAGGGUAAUUCACUCCCGCCGUCGCCCUCUUCCGAGGAUGCUUGUGUGAUCUCCGUGGUCAACCCGACCAGUGUUCUACAUAAGGAGCAACUGUUUUGUGAGCUUCAGGCCGACGUGCUGGCCUUGUCUGAGACUUCGGCUGUCCAGCAGGUGCAAACCAUCACCGGCCGCGCCAUGCACAAACAUGGCUACCGUGUGCACUGGGGCCAUCCAGUUGCUUCGCAUUGUAAGGGGACUGCUGCUGCGCCCAAUUUGCGUGGCCUUGCUGCUGGAGUGGCGCUUGCUGCUCGACUCCCUUCUAGGUGUUCCCGGCCAGGCCUCCCGGCUGACAUUGCAGCGACAUGUCGCAUCGCUGAGGCUUUUGUGCGCCUCGGGCCCCUGGAGGUCCGUUUCAUCACUGUGUAUGGCCAUCAGGCUGCCAUGUUGGAUGCGAAGGAUCACAAUGAAUGCUUGUUACGGGCGGCCUUGGACCGUGCCACACAAAAUGCCAUGCCGUGCAUAAUUGCGGGAGAUUUUAAUUUGUGCCCGUUGGACCUGCCUUCCGGGCAGUGCCUUGCUCGUCUUUUGUAUCAGGAGAUUCUUCAAUUUCACCUCAAGCGCACUGGCAUCGCCCUUCCCCCGACCUGCAAAAACAGCACGAGGCAUGACACAGCCCUGUUGCAUCCUUCCUUGGUGUCCUUGUGGGAUGGGGCCUGGGUGCUUUCCGGUCGCCAUCUUUUUGACGCACAUGAUCCAUUGUGUUUUCGACUUCGACUGCCCCACUGUAAACCCUGUCGACAUGUCUGGAGGUUUCCGCGCUCCUGGUCGGAGUUGGGGGUACAAAAAGACCAACUGCAAGCUUCUCUUGAGCCCGAGUGUGCGAAGCUCCGUUUGUUGGCGGAUCAAUGUGACUCGCCAGAGGCCGUGGACCUAGCAUUGCAAACGUUUGCCAUUGCGGCGGAGCGAGCAGUGGAUUCGGCGCUGCGUCGUCAACACCAGUUGGAUCCGGUCAAAUGCCCCCACCGCUUUCUUGCCAAGGCUUAUCGUGGUCGGUGCAAGCCGCGCCAGUUGGUGAAGAGUGAACUCCCUAGCUUGGCCCGCCCGGACCGAGGUGGCGGCUAUGACCCAGAUGUUGAAGUGACGUCUGUCCUUGGUCGUUUGCGUGUCCGGCAGGUUCGCCGUAUUCAUACCCUCUGUAAGGGUCUUGUUGCAGCCAACAGUGCCGGGACUCCGCUUUCCAGCGCCCAGCGCCGGCAGCUGUGCCAGGAAUGGACCGCUAUUGGCCGUGCAGCCGGGUACACACCUUCUUUUCCCCAGUGGGUGUUGCAGGUUGCAUGCUUUCAUCACUUUCCGGAGUGCUUGCCAGACCUUGAGUGGCUCCGUGAUCUGCUGCAGUAUGUCAGGUAUGAUUGCGAUGCUUUGGUAAGACAACAGGCGCGGGCGAGAGCUGACAGUUUCAAGUACCAUGUCCAACGUUGGGACCAGGCAGAAGGCCAUUCGCGUAAAGGCUAUACGGCCCUUCGUCCCCCACCAAAGCCUGCCUUUGUUGAGGUCCCGGUCACAGUGACAUGUCAGGUUGUGGGCACUGACAAUGCGUCCGAAGGUUGCCGUGCCUACCGCCUGGAGCGCCCCUCUGCUUUCCGCGAGGGUUCCCCAGCGCAGCUUGGUGACUGUGUUUGCCAGGUCAAAUCUGCAGAGGGAGUUAAGGUUGUGCUGCAAGGCUUGGGGCUGCCUGCCGCUGGCCAGCUCAGUCAGACCAAUGUCGCGUGUACCGCAGAUGAGCUUCACGAGGCUUUUGUUGCUUACUGGGGGCCAAUCUGGCAGCGUGAUGUUGAACUUCCACAUGAUGACCUGGCGGACUGGCCCCGGUUUCGAGAGAUCUUGACAGACCCGAACCUGAGCUUUUCCCCGCUUCAACUUCGCUCCUUUGCGCCGGACUUGUGGCGACAGGCCAUACAGAAAAUGGCUACUCGCAAGGCUACUGGGGUUUGUGGCUGGUCCCCUGCAGACUUGAAACUACUACCUGAUUGUGCCCUGGAGGUCCUGAAUGCGAUUUUUCAUCAGGCGGUGACGUGUGGACUGCCAACGCACAUUCUGCAGACACGAGUCGGGGUGUUGUCCAAGGUUGAGCUGCCGUGCGGGAUGCACCAGUCACGGCCCAUUGUGAUCUUCUCCUGUCUUUACAGGGUUUGGGCGUCGGUCAUGGCAAAGCAAAUCUUGCGCCAAUGGGCUCCCAGUUUCCCGCGGGCGAUUGCGGGCUCCAUGCCCCAACGAGCGUGCCGAGAUGUCAGUUACAGAGAACAGUGGCGCGUCGAGGCUUCCCUGCUGUCCUCGACGCCUCUGCUAGGCCUCUCGAUUGAUAUCAUCAAGUGUUUCAACCAGAUAGGUUGGGCCCCAGCGGGUGCCGUUCUCCGACUGUUGGGCGUUCCAGCUGAAGUUGCUGCAUUUUGGGUGGACUGCCUAAGAAAGCACAGUCGUCGGACGGUAUUUUGUGGAAGCCUCUCAACUGAUCUCGUCUGCUACAAUGGAGUCCCGGAAGGAGAUCCCAUGAGCGUGGUGGUAAUGGCGGGCAUCUGCUACGUUGCGGAUCGGGCCUGUGCCACACCGCAAGUUGACUACGAAAGCUAUGUCGACAAUUGGUGCUGGCUGAGUGCCUCUCGUACUGCGAUUGCUGCUGUUAUUCCGAAAGCGUUGUCCUUCCUGGACUGCCUUGCCCUGCCCAUUGACUUUACCAAGAGUUAUGUCUGGGCCACCAAACGAAUUGAUCGCAAGUGGUGGCGGUCUGAAGCAAUUGCCUUGUUCCCGGAAGGGUGCUUGCCGAAGCUUGUCACAGAGGUGCGUGACUUGGGGGUUGCUUUUAAGUUUGACCGUAACGGGCACCGCGCAAGCCGAAAUCACCGCCUGCAAGCGGGUUGUGACCGUCUGGAUCGACUCCGUCAGCAACCCCGUGCUGUCCUCAACAAGGCGCGACUGGUUCAGACGGCCGUUUGGCCACAGUGCCUUUAUGGAUGCGAGGGUCAUUUACACUCUCUUGCAGAAUUUGCCAACUUGCGUGGAAAGGCUGCGCGGGCCAUUGUAGGACAAUACAAGAUCAUGAGCCCUCAUCUUGCGAUGGUUGCGCUUGCAGACGUGGUGCAGGAUCCUUUUGUCUACUGCUUGGAGCGCCAGCUCAGUGCCUUCCGGCGGGCCUGCCUUCAUGAUCCUGAGACGGCCAUUGAGGUUUUGCAAGUUGCUACGGCAGAUCACGGCCCUAGCCGUGCGCAGGGCCCAGCUACAGCUCUACGGCUCUCUUUGGACCGCCUGGGUCUCACUUUGCAGGCUGAUACUUGUCUGAAGGGAUUGGAUAAUUCUAGGGUUCGGUUGGAUACUUGUUCCAUGCAAGAAGUGCGCGCACUGUUGCAUCGCAGUUGGGCCCUACAUGUGCAGGGUCUUGUGUCCCACCGUAAUGGCCUGUCACAGGCUUCUCCCGUGUACUCCCCGCCAGUGGUGCGACUACUGGCCAAGUUGAAUGGCCCUGAACAGGCUGUGAUCAUGCGACAUGUCACUGGGUCCUUCUCGUCGGCAGCUGCCAAGCAGCUGUGGGCUGAUGACACGGAUGGUUGUUGCCCGCUGUGUGGUCAACGUCAGACCAAGUAUCACAAGGUUGUUGAGUGUCCUGCAUUGCAGGAGGUCAGAGCUGACUGGUUGCCUCACUUGCGGUUGGUGUUGGAUAGGUGGCCUAGCUGGGUUCAUUGUCCUGUCACAACAUUGCCGGAUGAUCUGGAGGUCCCGCAGCUGGUUUUUCACACGCGCAGCCUUCCAGACCCUGUUGUCAAUUUCACUGCAUGGCCUCAGUUGAGUCGCAGAAAUUUCCUGCGGCUGUAUACAGAUGGCUCCUGUCGCCAUUCAGGGGUCAGCUUGGCGCAUCAUGCAGGGUUUGCUGUGGUCUUGGAUACUAGUGCUGAUGAUACGGCUGCACUGGAGCAGCUGCAACAGUGGCGAACAACCAAAGUGGUGCCUGUCGCUUUCAGUGUCAUUGUGCAGGGCCUUGUCCCGGGGCAGCAGACCAUUAACCGAGCGGAGUUGUGCGCGGUGUUGCAAGCUGUACGAGCUGCAUGGAACGGCGGGUUUGUCGAACUGGAAAUCUGGACUGAUAGCCAGUACGUCAUCCAGUUGUGGCAGGAUGGCAGUGCAGCCCCCGGGGAUCCUAACUAUGACUUGAGUGUUCAGCUCUUGUACUGGAAGGCCCCCAGCAUUAGGCUGCGGAAAGUUGCAUCACAUCAGGACCUUGAUACUUUGACUGGAAUGGCGCAGUGGCAUGCGGCCGGGAAUUAUGUGGUUGACUUAGCUGCGAAGGCGGCGGUCCGCGCCGACUUGAACAUCGUGACCAACAUACUGGAUGCGGCGGCGCAACAUGUUUCUAGUCAGACAGAUGUGCUACUUCUUUUCUGGCGGUAUUUGCUUGCGCUGUCCCUUGCAGAGAGCCGACUUCUGCGACUUCAGCAGGCUCCGCCCUUGAGACCCGACGACUUGCCGCCAGCGGGACAGGAUGAUGCUGCCGGCGCAAUGCAACAGAGAAAAGGCCUUGAGAGCUGGCUUUGUUUGAACCAAGGGCCGUCCGCCGUGGGCAACCUGCCUGACCUACUGCGCCCUGUUAUGUUGGCCUGUUCCUGGCCGCCAUGGUUCACGGUUCCGUUGUGGAAGUGGCUGCGAGCCCUGCGGUGGCAGUCGCUCCCACAACGUGGCCGAGCACCCGAUGGUGUCACAUACUUGGAGCUGCUCGUUGAUUUCGUGGUCUCGACAGGAGUGGUCCCGCCCGAGAGUCUUGAACAGGCAGCUUUGGUUUCAGUUCCUCAGACAACAUGGCCGCGACCGGUUACAACCAGAACAUGGACCCAUGUUUUGGUUGAAGCCGUUCGCCAGUUGGAACGCUUGAGUCGCUUGCAGAUAUGGGGCCCCAAGCGCAACAAGGUUUUCUCACUUCGGCAUCUUCAGGUUGCUACAGCACGGCAUGGCUUACCCUGCCGUCCGAUCUUUCAGCAGGCACGUGUUGUGGGUGAUCUUCUGCAAUCCGUUCUACGACAAGGGUCAGUGACACCGUUGCAGCAGUAUGUUCGAUGGUAUACUGGACCCUGGCACCACGAUUCUGCCCUUCAACAUGAUUGGCAGACUUUGACUACCGCCAAUCGUGCGGCUUUAGCUAAGGACCUGCGGAAGACCCGCAGGCUGUGA